AUGAUUCUGUGCAAAACGCUAUCGUGUGACCUGCCAUUGACAAUUGACACCAAAAAUUGGUUCCAUAUUGCAAUUCGUGACUAUAAUUUGAAUGAAAUAUCUUAUGAUGAGUUCGGAAAACUAAAAUAUAUAGAUAGUGGUGCAUUUGGGAAUGUUUAUUGGACUUCUUGUAAAUCAAUACAGAAUGAAAAGGUUGCUGCAAAAGAAAUACAUAUUCCAGAAGAAGAUGAUGAAAAAAAAAUUAGAAUGUUUCUUAAUGAGUUAAAACUACAUUGUCAAGUUUCGCAUCCACGAAUUAUCCAAUUUUAUGGAAUAAGUAACGAUUAUCGACGUGAAGCUUACUUCAUUUUGAUGGAAUACGCUGAGGGUGGAACUUUACGUAAAUAUUUGAAAACUGCUAAGCUUUCUUGGAAAAAGAAAGUUGAAUUAGCAAUACAAAUG